GCUGCCGCGCGUGCCUUGCAGAAUUUCACCAGAAGAGGGUACAGUCUGAAAAGCUCUUGACGUCAGGCUGGAAUUCCUAUUGUGUUUAGAAACGGCUUGGGCAAAGCAAGCCCAAGUUCUCUCUCCGCACACCUCGGCGGGCGGUGUGGGUCCGGCAGCGACGGGACACGUCUCGCGCGGAGGGCGCACGCGGGGACCCGCGCGCCUGGAGACCCAGGACCCUGCCUGCCGCCCACUAAGGGGGAUCCCACUGCUGCAAGAGGCCGAGCCGAAGCGGCGCAUCGCAGCACCAGGGAGCCGGGGUGAGUGCUCGGGGCGAGGCAGGUGGCCGCGAGAACCUCCCCCCGCCCCCCACCGCCCCGCACCGCCGGCGCGCCUCCAGCGCCCGGAUGCCCACCGGGACCCCCGCCGCCGGGUGCAUGCCUCCCCCGCGGCGCGCCCCAGCCCGCAGCCGCCGGUUGUGACCGCGCUUCCAGGCAGGCGGACGCCGGCCAGUCUUCCCCGGGGUCCGCGUACCGGUGGGACCCGCCGACCCUGCGGCGGCUGCAGGGCGCGGAGCCGAGGCCGCGCGGGCACACGCCAGGAGAAUGGACGGGACCGGGGAGCGCAGCCUCCCGGAGCCGGGCAGCCAGGACUCCCGGGCGGGCGACGACAUCGAGAUCGUGGUCAACGUUGGGGGCGUGCGGCAGGUGCUGUACGGAGACCUCCUGAGCCGGUACCCCGAAACCCGGCUGGCCGAGCUCAUCCACUGCUUGGCCGGGGGCUACGACACCAUCUUCUCCCUGUGCGACGACUACGACCCCGGGAAGCGCGAGUUCUACUUCGACAGGGACCCGGACGCCUUCAAAUGUGUCAUUGAGGUCUACUACUUCGGAGAGGUGCACAUGAAGAAGGGCAUCUGUCCCAUCUGCUUCAAGAGCGAGAUGGACUUCUGGAAAGUGGACCUCAAGUUCCUGGACGACUGCUGCAAGAGCCACCUGAGCGAGAAGCGCGAGGAGCUGGAGGAGAUCGCGCGCCGCGUGCAGCUCAUCCUGGACGACCUGGGCGUGGACACGGCCGAGGGCCGCUGGCGCCGCUGCCAGAAGUGCGUCUGGAAGUUCCUGGAGAAGCCCGAGUCUUCGUGUCCGGCGCGCGUGGUGGCCGUGCUGUCCUUCCUGCUCAUCCUCGUCUCGUCGGUGGUCAUGUGCAUGGGCACCAUCCCAGAGCUGCAGGUCCUGGACGCCGAGGGCAACCGCGUGGAGCACCCGACGCUGGAGAACGUGGAGACGGCGUGCAUCGGCUGGUUCACGCUGGAGUACCUGCUGCGUCUCUUCUCUUCGCCCAACAAGCUGCACUUCGCCCUGUCCUUCAUGAACAUCGUGGAUGUGCUGGCCAUCCUCCCGUUCUACGUGAGCCUCACGCUCACGCACCUGGGCGCCCGCAUGAUGGAGCUGACCAACGUGCAGCAGGCGGUGCAGGCCCUGCGGAUCAUGCGCAUCGCCCGCAUCUUCAAGCUGGCGCGCCACUCCUCCGGGCUGCAGACCCUCACUUACGCCCUCAAGCGCAGCUUCAAGGAACUGGGGCUGCUGCUCAUGUACCUGGCCGUGGGCAUCUUCGUCUUCUCCGCCCUGGGCUACACCAUGGAGCAGAGCCACCCGGAGACCCUGUUUAAGAGCAUCCCCCAGUCCUUCUGGUGGGCCAUCAUCACCAUGACCACGGUGGGCUACGGUGACAUCUACCCCAAGACCACCCUGGGCAAGCUCAAUGCGGCCAUCAGCUUCCUGUGUGGGGUCAUUGCCAUUGCCCUGCCCAUUCAUCCCAUCAUCAACAACUUUGUCAGAUACUACAACAAGCAGCGAGUCCUGGAGACGGCGGCCAGGCACGAGCUGGAGCUGAUGGAGCUCAACUCCGGCACUUCCGGGGAGGGCAAGGCAGGGGGCUCCCGCGGCGACCUGGACCACCUCCCGCCGCCGGAGCCCGCCGGGAAGGAGGGCCCGAGCUGGAGCAGCCGGCUGAAGCUGUCCCACAGCGACACCUUCAUCCCGCUGCUGACCGAGGAGAAGCACCAUAGGACCCGGCUCCAGAGCUGCAAGUGAUGGGGGCCGACCCGGGCACAAACAGGCCGGCCAGUGGAGAGAUGGAUGGACCGGUGUGACGGGACUGUCCAUGACUGCCCGGGAGGGGCUGUCCUUUGUCCCCCCGCCCCAACCCUCUCCUGAACAGAACUCUGGAGGCCCUCUUGGGCACCUCUGAUGAGUCUGGGGUAAGAUUCCCUUUGUGUUGUCCAGGGGCAGGGGAGGGAGACGGACGGGUGUCCAGGAGUCCCUGAUGGUGUGAGGGUGAUGGAGGCCAUGGUCUGGCUGAUGGCAGGAGCCCUCACCCGGUUCUGUAUCUCCUUCAAUAAAGCCUCCGGCUCUCUGCACCC